CUCCUUUUUAGCCUAUUGCCAGAGUUCAAUCAGAGAAUGGGAGAAUUACUGUCAGAAGAUUGGAAAACAGAGGGUUAGUGAUACAAUGGCCCAAGAAAGAAAGAACAAAAAGCCAAUCAGAGUAUUUAAUACCAGCUAUUCCUUUCAGGAUCAAGCCCCAAUGUGUUGCCAAGAGAAUAUGACUUCUGCUUCACCGUUGUGGACAUGGAGCAAAUUCUACAGAUCAGACCCACGGAUUGCCCUCGGGAAAUAUUCUCCCUUGGAAAAAGAGAUCCUACGUCUUGGUGGCAUUCACACUAUAGCAGCAAGAAGGCUUUUGGCUUACAAGCAAGAGGAAGAAUGGAGAAUGCUCAAGAAACUACAGCUGCAGUCUCCAGACUACAAAUGGGCAAUGGAGUUUCAAAAAGAACAUUCCUCUCCUUGUGCUAUUUGUGGACCCCUAGAAAAAAUAUGGACAGCAAAGGUGAUUGUGCCCCCAGAGGAGUUUCAAAUGCCCCAACGAGAGCAGGUGAACGUCAGUAAGCACAUAGAGAGAAUGAGGUUUGCUCGGGCUCUGAGAAAUAAUCAGCUUUUACCCUACAUUGAAAAGUUUAGAUACUCCUCAUUUCUGUCUGGAGUGGGACUGGGUCCAAUGGCAAAAAAUAAGGCCAGACAAGAGGACAACCAUGACAGCCGUAAUUGUGACGAUGCCAAUCAAGCUGAGAAAGAGAAAGCAGAGGGCAAAAACACAAAAAGAGGAAAAAUAAAAAUGAAUGUAGUUUUCAAGUCAGAAGAACCAAAAAUACGUUUAACAUACCAUGCAAAUGAUCGCAAAUCCUUCCUCCCUGCAAAGAAACCGGAACGGUCCAUCACAGGCCUAACAAACCGAAAUCUUUUCUGCAUAUCGGAAUUCCCUGGCGACUUAAUGCUAAUGAAUCAGGAUUUUAUAUCACGGAGAGUCCACUUCAGUGAUGUGGCCAAGACCUAAAGCCCAGAAGAAGAGAGUAUCUGGAAACAGCGCAUGGGUAAAGCAACUCCUUGUCAUUAUUAAAGUUUUAUUUAUUACCCAGGG